AGGUUCUUCUUGAUCAUAUCUAGUUCAUCUUGCAUAGCUCUCCUCCAUGCCCGAGAGUCUUGUGCUUCAGCAUAGCUUGUUGGUUACACUUGGAAUACCAUAAAACUAAAAAAAAUAAAAUAUAUCCUCCGUGUCUAAGAAUUUCAUAUUUAAUUUGCAUGGGCAUAUUGGAUUAUAGACUAGUGACUAAUCCCAUUAGGCAAAUCCUAUUAGGAUAACAAAAUAAAGACUCAAAGAACACCAUUCUUUUUGCUCUCUCUCUAUUCUCUUUUUUUCAAAUUUUAUUUAUUUCUUUUGUUAAAAAAUAAAUAAAAAUUGAUUCCUCCAAAGCAAAGAAGCAAAGCAUUUAUUCUUACACAUCACCUGGUAAGUAUGCUAACUUUCCUUUGCUUACAGUUAAGAACUUGCCUUCUUUUUUACCACUUUUUAUUUCAAAACAUUAUAUUAAAAUUAUAUUUUCAACAUAUCUUUCUGUGCAGAUGCAUGCAGAAAGUUUGGAAUCUCUGUUUACUUUCACAUAUCAAAUGUAUAUAGUGUCAAUGUCAUACUAUCUACAGUUUCAUUAUAUAUAAUCUUUAAUCAAAUUUGGAUUUUUUGGGAUUUCAAUUCUUUGUAUGUAUUCAAAUUCUUUUGAACAAAAAGUAAAGUAUAAAAAAAAGAACAUUCUUUAGUGUUGUGUUUUUUUCUGGACCCUUUGGGCAAUUUUGUUGUGAUACAAUGAGUUUUCUAACAGGAGCACCAAAAAAUUCAUGGCAACUAGCUAUGACAGUUGAUACAACAACAUCAAAUUACUGGUUGAAUUGGAGGGUUACAUUGUGUUCCAUUUGGAUUUUUGCUUCAAUGGUUUUUGCAUCAAUUCUUAUAACAAAGUAUGAAGGACCUCGCGGUUCGAGAAAUAGGAGAGAAGAGGAGAAAGACUCUCCUGGAAUUUUGUAUGAAGAUGAAGUUUGGAAACCAUGUCUUAAAACUAUAAAUCCUGGUUGGCUUCUUGGAUAUAGAGUCGUCGCGUUUUUAAUCCUCUUGUUAUUGUUAAUCAUGAAUGUUGUUGUUGAUGGAGGGGAACUCUUUUACUAUUAUACACAGUGGACAUUCACAUUGAUCACAAUUUAUUUUGGGCUUGGAUCUGUGCUCUCAAUGUAUGGAUGUUAUCAGUAUCACAAUAAAGUUGGUAAUGAGAGGCAAGAUAUUGAGUAUAGUUUGCGAAGAUUGUCUAUGAAUGUAGAAAGUAGCACUAGUUCAAAUGCUGCAAAACAGGCAAUGGAAAAUGCAGAACAGAGUUCUCGCCAAAUUGCUGAUUUCUGGGGAUAUGUUUUUCAGAUAAUUUUCCAGAUGAAUGCAGGAGCAGUAACGCUUACUGACUGCGUCUUCUGGUUCAUACUUGUUCCAUUUCUGACCAUAAGGGGUUAUAAUUUAAACUUUUGGAUAAUAAACAUGCAUUCGAUCAAUGUAGUGUUUCUACUUGGUGAUACAGCUCUCAACUCUUUGCUUUUCCCUUGGUUUCGAAUUGGAUACUUCUUUCUGUGGACAGCAGUUUAUGUUGUUUUUCAAUGGGCAGUCCAUGCCUGUAUGUCAAUAUGGUGGCCUUAUCCAUUUCUUGAUCUGUCAUCUUCAUUUUCUCCUCUGUGGUAUGCAUUUUGUUUAAUGUCUACUGCAAAUUUUGAUCUAUAAGAAACUCAUGAUUCAAGAAAAUGAACCCCUCUUCUGAUUGAAAAUUUCAUGUAUUCAUCGGUGGCGGCGAUGCACAUACCAUGCUAUGGCAUUUUUGUUUUGGUCAUGAAGCUUAAACACCAUUUGUUAAAGAAAUGGUUUCCUCACUCUUAUCAGUGUGCAGGAUGAUGCUAAACAUGGAUUUUUAUGCCUUAAAGGCAGUUAACUGUAGAGGGAGAAUGAGAAAAGAUUACAACAAAUAGCAGAAAAGGCAACAUGAGUUCAUUUUUUGAACAAUACAACAUUGGUAUUUGGUCCUUGCUUCCCCAGAAAAGGAAAAAAAAGGUAACAAGUAAAGGAAACACAAUAGUAUUACUUUAUGUAGCAAAAUAGCAGUAAAUAUACAAAAAGAGAAUAGAGGGGUAGAGUUUUGUGGUUGCAAGAUAUAUAUGUAGCCUAAAUAUGA